AGAGCAACUUGUUGAUCCCCGCGCCUCCAGUAUUGCCAGUUUGAAACGGGCGAGGCAAGGUUCCCCCGGCAUUUCACACCGACGAUCAAAAAUUUGCCGAAAUCAUGUCGAACUAUCACAAACCGGAAGCCAAAGUGGUGCAAGAACUCAAAGAUAUUGCCAACAAAAUCAGAAUACAUUCGAUCACUUCGACUCAAACUGCUAAAUCUGGUCACCCAACGUCAUGCUCUUCCAUAGCAGAAAUCCUUUCUGUUCUUUUCUUCAACACGAUGCGCUACAAAGUUCACGCUCCAAAGGACCCGUCAAGUGACAGAUUCGUUCUGUCGAAAGGACAUGCUGCUCCUGCUCUUUACGCUGCCUGGGCAGAAGCUGGUCUGUUCCCCAUUUCAGACUUGCAAAACUUGAGAAAACUCGACUCCGAUCUUGAAGGCCACCCAACUCCUAGGCUCAACUUUAUCGAUGUCGGCACUGGUUCUCUUGGACAAGGUCUUGCCAUCGCAGGAGGAAUGGCAUAUGUGGGCAAAAAUUAUGACAAAGCUAACUACAGAGUUUUCUGCCUUGUCGGAGAUGGUGAGAGUGCAGAGGGAUCUAUCUGGGAAUCGAUUCACUUUGCCAGCUACUACAAAUUGGAUAAUUUAGUAGUAAUUUUUGAUGUAAACCGUCUAGGACAAAGUCAGGAAACAUCUUUGGGACACGAUGUUGAAUCCUACCGGAGACGCUUGGAGGCUUUUGGAAUGCACGCUAUCGUCGUAGAUGGACACGACGUCGAAGAACUAGUAAAAGCUUUCCACACCGCAGCUAACACCAAGGGUAAACCAACAGCUAUAGUUGCAAAAACUUUCAAGGGGAAAAAUUUCCCUAAAAUCGAAAACUUGGACAACUGGCACGGAAAACCUUUGGGAGACAAUUCCGAUAGAGUGGUUCAGUAUCUGAAAACGCUCAUCAAAAACAACGGACCUCUGCAAGUUCAUCCACAAAAACCGCUUAAAGAUGAUGCUCCAAUUGUUGAUAUCACGAAUAUCAAGUUAUCUUCACCUCCAAAGUAUAAGCUGGGUGAAUCUCUUGCAACCAGGGUAGCAUACGGAAAUGCCCUCGUGAAAAUCGCCGAAAACAAUCCCAGAGUUAUCGCAUUAGACGGAGAUAUGAAGAACUCCACAUUCUCUGAAAACCUGAAGAAAUAUGAUGCUUCCAGGUAUAUCGAGUGCUUCAUAGCUGAACAAAGUCUUGUUGGUACGGCAAUCGGAGCAGCAUGCAGAGAUCGUACUGUUCCAUUUGUAUCAACCUUUGCAACAUUCUUCACAAGAGCAUUUGACCAGAUUCGUAUGGGUGCUAUUUCUCAAACAAAUGUUAACUUUGUUGGAUCACAUUGUGGGGCUAGCAUAGGCGAAGAUGGACCAAGUCAGAUGGGUCUUGAAGAUUUGGCAAUGUUCAGAUCCAUUCCUGGAAGCACAAUAUUCUAUCCAAGCGAAGCAGUUUCAGCAGAGCGAGCCGUAGAACUGGCAGCGAACACCAAAGGCAUCACAUUCAUUAGAAUUAACAGGCCCAAUACUCCUGUUAUCUAUGCAAAUGAUCAUGUAUUUGCUGUAAGUAGUGUAUCACAUGUUUUUUGUUGAUUAGAAAAAUGCAUGAAUCAGUACCUAUACAAA